GUCUCUGGUAGUUGGAAAUACAUUCAUUUAACUCGAGUUGAUUUCAACUUCGCCCAGUUUGCCGCCGGUGCUCAUUGUGAAUACUCUGUUUGCAAAAUUUUUUUUGCUACCUCAAUAUAUCUCAAUAAAAAAAAAAUCAUUUCUUUACAAGAGAAAUUUGUUCAGUGAAAAAUUUCAUUAUUAAAAAAUAGAAAUUCUAAAAAAAAAUUCACCCCCUUAUGGUUGAAAGAGAAAAAAAAAUACAAAAGUGACUCGAAAUUUGUUACAAUAAAAAUAAAAAGGACAGGACAGAAAGUCUCGAGGCAGAGUGUGAUUAUAAAAAAAGAAGGGACUGAUAGUGGAAAAACUAAUUGCUUUUGAAAAGCCGUCAAAGUGUCAUGAGAGGCGGUUUCACAGUCCGCCCUUUUAAUUGGUCCCUUUUAGAGUCAUGCAUGUCGCGCCCUUCAAACGAGCAAAUUCGGGAUAUGGUCCACAACCGAUCAACGGGACUGGCCAGUCUCAAUCGCAACAGAAUUCUCAACAGCUUCCUCAACAACAACUACAACAACAAUUAUUACAACAACAAUCUGGAAAUGGAACGAGAAAUUUACGAGGACCUGGAGACACGUUGGGGAGCAAUGGCUGGGAAAGUGGGUCGCCGUUGCACAAAGAGAAGGGCCUGUCUGGAGGUUUGGGGGAUGACGAAGACGGGGGUGGAGGGAGCGGAGGGUUGGAGGGGACGGACCCAGAGGAGAACCACCCUGUUCACCUCAAGAGACGGGUGGGACUCGUCAGUGGGGUGGCUCUAAUUGUUGGCACAAUGAUCGGAUCAGGAAUAUUUGUUUCGCCAUCAGGACUUCUCCAGCGUACCGGAAGUAUUGGCGUAAGCUUCCUGGUGUGGACAGCCUGUGGUAUACUCAGUCUUUGCGGUGCAUUAGCAUACGCAGAAUUGGGUACAAUGAAUACAAGCAGCGGUGCUGAAUACGCGUACUUUAUGGACGCAUUUGGUGCACCGCCCGCUUUUCUUUUUUCCUGGGUAUCAACACUCGUUUUAAAACCCUCACAAAUGGCCAUCAUAUGCCUAUCAUUCGCACAAUAUGCCGUUGAGGCAUUUGUUGCUGAAUGUGAUCCACCUCAAGAAGUGGUCAAACUUGUUGCAUUAUUGGCAAUAAUUCUCAUUCUUUUGGUGAAUUGUUACAGUGUCAAUUUGGCAACCGGUGUUCAAAAUGCAUUCACAGCGGCAAAAUUAAUUGCAAUUUUAGUUGUGAUCGUUGGUGGAUCUUAUAAAUUGAUACAGGGCAAUACACAGCAUUUACGUGAUCCUUUCAAGCCAAGUGAGGAUUUAGAUGUUGGAGGUGGAAUUAAUAUUGGUAAAUUGGCGACUGCUUUUUAUACUGGACUAUGGGCAUAUGAUGGUUGGAACAAUUUGAAUUAUGUCACCGAGGAGAUUAAGAAUCCGUCAAAGAAUCUACCAAGAUCGAUAAUGAUUGGAAUUCCACUUGUGACCCUGUGCUAUGCACUGAUUAACAUCUCUUAUCUCGCUGUUAUGUCGCCCUCCGAGAUGAUCGACAGCGAGGCGGUCGCUGUGACGUUCGGUAAUCGUCUUCUUGGUGUUAUGGCAUGGUUAAUGCCUCUCUCAGUGGCAGUGAGCACAUUUGGAUCAGCAAAUGGAACUUUAUUCGCUGCCGGACGACUUUGUUUUGCAGCUUCACGAAAAGGGCAUUUACUCGAUUGUCUCAGUUACGUUCAUGUGCGACGUUUCACACCUGCACCGGGUCUUAUUUUCCAUUCCAUUGUGGCAGGUACAAUGGUGAUUUCUGGCAAUAUCGAUUCAUUGAUCGAUUUUUUCUCCUUUACGGCAUGGAUUUUUUAUGGUGGUGCAAUGCUCGCGUUGUUGGUCAUGAGAAAAACACGACCAAAUCAUCCUCGACCAUACAAAUGCCCACUAAUUAUUCCCGUGCUCGUACUUGGCAUUUCAGCGUACCUGAUUGUUGCCCCAAUUAUUGACAAACCUCAAAUUGAGUACCUGUACGCUGCUGGCUUUAUUGGCGCAGGAAUAUUCUUCUACCUCCCAUUCGUUAAAUACGGAUACGUUCCCAAGUUCAUGGAAGGAGUAAACGCUUUUCUCCAAAUGUUGCUCGAAGUAGCGCCAACGGCAGCUGCUUUUGACUGAUAAAAAAAAAAAAGGAAAAGCUCAUCAUGUUUUAUAAGAUGCCAAAUCAUUCCAUUUGAGGCAUCGAAUAUAGCGCAACGAUGCUUAUUUUAAUACAAAAUGUUUUUUGACAAAUGACGAAUAGAAAAAAAGAAAGUGAGAAAGAAAAAAUAUGUUAUUGUUUCACUUGAAAAUUGAUAUCAUAAAAAUAAGAAAACAAAAAUAUUAUUUUAUUACUUGUUGUUCUUCCUAUAUAGUGUACAAUAUUAUACAACGUUAUUGUUAGCAAUAGUUGAUUGGCGUUAUAGCAAACCAAAAUAUUGAUAAGAAAAAUAAUAAAAUUUUUAAUCCAA